CGGACCAUGACGUAGAUUGUUUCGGCGCGGCGAUGAAAAGAAUCGUCAAUGAUGAUGAUGACGAUGAUUUUGGUUCGUGUUAGAAAUACUCCGUGACGAUUUUGAUCAGAAGAGAGAAAGAAGAAAAAACCUCGUUGCUUUCCUCCUUCGUCUUUCGAUACUUUUACAACGAAGGAAACUACACCUCCAACAACAAGACUCCCCACCCACCCGAUCACCACAGCCAAACCAUAUCCAUCCCAAAUAUGAGUUCCGAAGUCCCCUCACAGCCCCCUCACGACCAGGCCUACCGCACGGCCGGCAAUCCCGUCGAUCAGAAGCCCUUCGAGGCCAAACGUGCCGAUGACAAUGCCCAGGCCGAUGCAGUCCCGAUAGGCCACCGCCGCCCACACGACGUCUCCGCCGAGCCCGCCCCGACGUCGCGCGCGCGCGGCAUCCACGGCGCGCCGCCGGGCGAGGAGGUGCACGGGCACACGCAGGCGUCGCUGGACAGCGCGGCGCUGGACGCGGCGCAGAUGGGCGCGCCCGGGGAGGGCAAGGUCGCGGACGCCGUCGGCCGGAAACCCGGCGCGUCCGGGGCCCAGCCGGGCCUGGAGAGCGACCUGGAGAGGAAGAGGGUGGAGCAGGAGCCGUUGAGACAACAACAGCAGCAGCAGCAGCAGAGUGGAGGAGAGGUGGAUGUCCAGGGGGUUUUGGCUUCGAGGGGAUAA